ACAUCUGCCAAUGCUGCUGACUCAUCUCACGACACCAUCCGAGGCUUUAUCGUCUUCAUCACACACAGUUCAAAGAUAUCCAUACAUUCUCGAAUCUCGCUCUUUUCUGUCCGCUAAUCACUCACAGUGUCCAGGACAGCAUCCGAUUAGACAAUUGGACAGUGUCAGACUAUCCACAAAGGCCUCACAAUGACUGACCAUCUCCCUCCCCUCCCCGCCGAGUACGCCCGAGGCCUCGAGCUCAUCGACGCUGCUCAUGCCCAAGAUUCAAGGACAGUCGAAGCCCCUGAUGGAACCACGAUCCCAUUCGAGCUCAACUACGCUCAAAAGAUGACCAAGUGGCUCACCCGCCGAUGCCCUGACGCCAGCCCCGUUCUCCAGCUCGCCUGUCGAGCACAGCACUUUCGAAGAUGGGAGAUCCCUCGAAGCAGCUACCCAAUGACUCGUCCCGGCUACUUGACUUGGAGAGCAAAGCUCAAGGCCCAAGCCGCCACUCAAGUUGCCGAGCUCCUUGCUUCUCCAGAGAUUCAACCCCCCAUCCCCGAGGAGGACCGCGCCCGAGUGGCUGCCCUGAUCCGCAAGGAGAACCUUAAGGCGGAUGAAGAGACACAGGUCCUUGAGGACACAGCAUGCCUGGUCUUUCUCGACGAUCAGUUUGACGACUUUGAGAAGAAGUCAGAUCUGGACGAGGCAAAAAUGAUAGGCAUCCUCCAGAAGACAUGGGGCAAGAUGGGAGAAAGGGGGCGGGAGCUGGCCCUCGAGAUGAACCACAGCGACCGGGCCAAGGACCUGAUAGGAAAGGCACUUGCUGACUGACCGAGUACAAUACAGUAAAGUACACUGCACUACACACACUACAGUAGGCUUCGAACAUGCGCCUUGGCAGUUUACUCACUCGAGUUUGCCGAGACAAGACUUACGUACUAGCAUAUUUGGGACAGGCUGUACUGUUUCCAAUUCGAGAUGUGACAGGCUUGCCAAGCACCCAAGGAGAACUUGCAGUACUGUAUCUUCUGGAGAAGCCCAGUGACUCAUGUCACGAUCCUGCACGAACGAGAUUAAGCACACGAGCGGCGUAGAGACUUGCCAAGAUGCACUAGAUCCACGACGCACGGUAUCCGUACAAUUCCUCGAGUAUCACAUCCCACCCUCCUUGCAUCACAUUGGUCCAAGGGGGGGCCGAGCCUCAUAUUCAUUCCAUGGAGUGUAGUGUAUUGUAUUGUGAAGCGAAGAUAGUCGAAUCGAUGACACCGAGAACCCCUAAAAUGCUGUCUCACAAAGUCCGACGAGAUCAGGAGAAGGGCCAGUAUUGUGCUGUGUUGUAUGGGUCGUCAGGAUUGUGACGAGACUGAGCAUGCAAGCCAUGCAAGCCUUGCACUUGACAUGUCCGUGAUAUUUCGGCCCCGGGACCCAUUACCGAUCCGAGACAUUGCGACGGCAGCAGAUCAUUUCAACAGGGGCAGCAGAUCUUGGUAAGAAACGGGUGUUUGUGUCACCCCAAGAGCUACCCCUGUUGUGGCGUUUGCUGCGACGGAAGCCAAGGAACCGUCAUGUUUGCUAGCAACCUUUUGAUUCAUGGUUUUGUUUCGUUUCUUUUCCUAGCUUGUUAGACACGACACGAUAGGAGGAUUCCUGUGGCUAUCCGUCAUCCGUCAUCCGUCACCCGCCAGCCCUACGACUGUGCAUCUGUCUUCUCUGACCAUCAAUCAUUUCGUGACUCGUGUGACAUGACAUUUGAUCUAUCAGUUCGACGUAUGUAUGCUUUCGACCGGUAGCACAAGAGAUCCGGUGUGUCCUCGAUCACGCACAAACAUGAUCCUCCCUUUCUUUCACCAUGUUCCCAGCCUACUGGGACCUUCACGCGCCCUAUGUUUUCUCUUCUCUCCUUCGUGUUUCGUGUCUCGCUAACCAACUUGGGCUCGGGACACCCACCAUCCGUAGGCAGGGCAAGUCUUUGUGGAAGGCAAUUGACAGUUGAGG